UCGUAUUUGUCAAAAUUUCAUGAUUUUUCGUCACAAAAGCAUUGUUUUUGAACUUGUGCGUGAUGUGAUUGUCAUGAUCCUAAUGCAUGAUUAAUAGCCAGCCAUUUUUGCUACCAGACGUAUAUUUCCUUUGGCGGACAGUUGCUGUCUUCUUUGUGAAAUUCCAGUUUAGUCAUGAUCCGGAUAGCUGCUCUGAAUGAUGAUUCGAGUGACGAUGAUGGAACUGGUGGAUUCUCAUGUGGGAUUACGACAAAGGAGGCGCAGGAGUCGGAAGCAUUCUCAAUCUACAACAAGGGGUUAAGCCUUCAGCGACAAGGUGAUACAGAUGCAGCAAAAGAUGUCCUGCAGAGUCUGCUCGACUCCAGCCUCAUCAAAAAUGCCGCCAGAAAAGAAGACCAGGACACUGGAAAUCUGCUGCAGCCGGAUAUGUUGCUCAAGUACUCUGCUUAUAAGAAUCUCGCGAGUAUUGCUGCCCACAGAGGAGACUAUAAUGAUGCUAUGGAGUCGUACUUAGAAGCAGUAAAUGUGGACUCGAGUGACGUCACACUGUGGCACAAGAUUGGCACCACAGCUAUAAAACUUGACAAUUACCAACUGGCCAAGUUUGCGUUUAUGCAGGGGCUUUCCUGCAACAAGAAUCACUGGCCCUGCCUAGAUCAUGCCAUCACUGUUCUGUAUGCCCUGAACAACUAUACAACUUGUCUCUACUACAUUGGGCAGGCACUUGAGAGAGAUCCAGGUUAUCUCAAGGGACUGGCAUUCAGACAACAGAUAUUCUCUGAGCAGGCCUCUCUCAAAAAGGAAUGCAGCGAAUACUUUCAAAACUGCGAUUUAUCAAUUGAUGAUGACGAGGUCGAUCAGGAGGUGGCUGAAAAGUACAUCAAUGAAGGCGUGGAGAUCAGAAGGAAGAGACGUGAGCUGUGUAAAGUGCCUGAUCCACCUCCGUUGACCUUCCCAGUGCCCUUGAAGAGUUUCACCUGGAAGCAUCUCGGAGAGUGUCUUAUUGUUCUUUAUGAUAAGUUAGCCGGAAAACCUUACCCGAGGAGCGUCUGCAGUCGUGUUGAUUUGACGAUGUAUGAAAAUAUGAACCCAGAUGCUGGGAUCCAUGUCGUGGACACUUCACUGAUUGAGACAGUUCUGUCUGAGAUGUCACAGCUUGUCAGCCCGGCAUCGAGUGUCACCAGUACCCCAAUACUACCACAUACGCCUCUUACGGUUUUGAUGGAUUUCACACCUGAUCUGAUGAAGUCAGCUGGCUCGACACCGACUGCCAUGGAUGUUGAUGACAUCACAAAACCUGGUUCCAAGAAACGUGGGCCUAAAAGGAAACGACUCUGCGAGGAGUUGGACCCGUUUAUCUACAAACGCCGGUCAGCGAGGGUUCGAGAUACGGGAAAGAAAAAGCAGGAGGAAAGUGUAAAUUAUCAAGACCUGCUACAGAAAUUCCUGCCAUCCUCACUCAGAAACUAUGUGGAAGAAUCUGAGGAUGUAGCAGAGGUAAACAGUGGGCAUCCACAGCAGACGCUCGAUGCAGUCGACGGGGAGAAAGUGGAGUUAUCGCCUGAGGAUGAUGGGAAUACCUGGACAGUUGAUGAGGCGAAGUCAGUUCAUCAGUUCCUUAAAGAUCGCAUCAUUAACGGUGGAGCUGUUGAUUUGAUGAUCAAGUUCCUUUUGAAACUUGCCAGCAAACUGUCUGAGAUUUGGCCUCCAGAAAUGACUGCCAUCUAUGUGAAGAUCUAUACAAGAGUCCGCAAGCAUUUCAGCCUCCCUUCCUAUUGGUUCAAAGAGGUUUCCGAUGAGCACAUACAGAAUAUGGCUAAGGUGGCGCUACUGUGGACAGAAUUCAAGAUGGACAAUUGGUUGCAGACCAGAGCCAAGACCUCAUCAUCACCAAAUGGGGCAAGGAAGAGCCCUGCCAUGUCAAGUUUGCGUCUCAGUGCUGACUUCCCCGGAGAAUACUUCAAUGAUGACGUCUCGUAUCUCAUGGGCCUGAUGUCAUAUUCUGACGUCAUGGAGGUGUUCUGGCAGGAGUUCUGUGUCAGAGUUUUGUGGUUGAAGGCACAUUUCUUCAUUCUGAACUGUGAGACAGAGAUGGCGGCAGGGGCCUUUGAUCAGAUUACUUCCUUUCUCUCAGACAUCAGACAAGAAUCGUCUGUCAAUUUGGUCGUGAAGCUCAAGAACUGCCGCUCUGAGAACAUCAUUAGUAUGGAUACCGUUCAAAAACAAAUUGAGUCGCUUCACCGAUGCCAGUCCCUUGAGGAGCUUCAGCGACUCUAUGAGCAAGAAAAAUACCAGAAUGUGGUCAACCUUCUAAUGCCCACCUUCAAGAGUGGGGCACCUAAAGGAAAAAGCAUUGCGGAGGUGAACCAGGGGAUACCGGAGCGACAUGCACAACUUCUACUCUUGCAAGACUCGCUCCUCAAACUCAAGAACUAUGAGAUGUGCCUGCUCUGGGGGGAGGUGUCAAUCAACGAAGCUCUGCAGUGCUACCUUAACGUACAGACUACAGAGGCCAAGGAGGAAUGGAUCAGUACGAUGACCCAGCUCUUUGAGGGUGUUGAGAAGAGUCUGCGCAACACCCCUGGUAUCAUCAAAACACUGCCGGCCAAGAACCUUGUACGGUUCUCACACAAUUUGAUACGGGUGAUCGAGCUUGCGAUGGACAUCCCCGAAGGUUCAACUGAGAUUAUAGGAACUGUGUUGCCCUGGAUUCUAUUGUACAGGCUGAUUGAACAUGAAGAGACUAAAUUCCGCAAGCUGAAGGAAGCAGAGGGUGACUUUUCACACGACUGGGACACUGGCAUGCCAUCAUCCCUCAUGCUACUGAACGUUGCUCACGAAUACCUCGGGCGGCGAUCAUGGUGCACGAACAGCGAUGGCGCCCUCUUGAUUCUAUUCCUAGAAGUGAUCGAGGUGGAGUUGAAAAAGUAUGGACCCAGUGGUGCUCAUCCUUUGCAGGAUGACUUGGAGAAUGCCUUAGAGCAGUGCCUUUACUGCUUAUAUUCAUACCCGAAUAAGAAGGCCAAGGUGCGCCACCUACAGGACCAUAACGCAGCCCAGGUGACGCUCAUCUGGGAUCGGUCGAUUCUGUUGUUUGAUUACUACAAGCCGAAGACGGUGCCAGAGUUUGACAGUUAUAAGACAAGUACCGUUUCAGCAGAUCUUGAAAAUCUGCUGCGCCGAAUCUGCCCGCUAGUUCCCGUCCAACCAAAGCCACCAUUCACCAUCGAGAUGCUGAAUAACUACAUCGACGGGUUGACUAGUACUCCACCGUCUCUGCCUGCCGACUAUGUUAUUGAAGGGCAUGCACACGUCAUCAAGGAGAUGUAUUACCUACUGGCUGAUUACUACUUUAAGAACAAGGAACCAGCGAAAGCUAUCAAGUUCUACCUACACGACAUCUGUGUGAAUCCUGAUAGGUUCGACUCAUGGGCUGGCAUGGCUCUGGCUAGGAGCAGCCGGUUGGAACAGAAACUCAAUUCGAACGAGUUGAAAUCCGAAGGCAAUAUUCACAAAAAUGCCAUAGCAGUACUACGGUGUUUCCGUCGAGCGUUAGAGUUAGAUGAUUCGAACAGCAAGCUGUGGAUUGAGUACGGAGCCUUCGCAUAUGCCCUACAUAUGUAUGCAUCCAGACAGCUAAAACAGCAAUGCCUGUUCCCACUGAAUGAAGAGAACCGUAAGAUUGCCGAGAGCAGCCGUGAUGAUAUGUUGAAGACAGCUGAGAAUUGUUACAUCAAGGCUGGCGAGUGUGGAGAUGCAGAUGAGAUUGAAGAAAGAUGGUUACAUCACUACAUGCUUGGCAAGAUUGCCGAGAAGAUGCACCGUCAUCCCAGAGACUAUCUGGAGCAUUAUAAAGAGUCUGCUCGGUUCCUGUAUGAAGACAAUGCCAGAUAUCCCAAGAAGAUCCAUUAUAUUGUCAGCCCUCCACAUCUUGCCGUGGAAGCCCUGGAGGUGCACUAUCGCUUGCAUGUUUCCAUCAUCAAGUACCUGCUACGCCACACAAAGGGCAUCCCCCUGGAGCUCUAUGAGGUCUUUGACCAGCACAUCAAAGCAGCAGCAGAGAGCCCCUUCGCCUUGACAAGAGAGAAGCGACAUGAGAAAAGAGAGAGUCGAAGUGACCUACUCUCUGCGACUCUGGAUGAGAGUUCCUCCUCAAACUUGACUGCCCCAACUCCUAUCACACCGCCGAAAAGUGGGCGACCCACUUACCACCAGAACCCUGUUGACCAUGAUUACUCCAAACAGAAAAGUAUGGACAGCUCAUGCGAUGAUUCGAUGGAUAUAUUAUCCUCACCACCAAGAGGUGAGGGGUCGUCGUCAGAAGUUGAAAGCAAUGAGGGAAUUUUGGAAAUAUCCAGGAACAUGUCGGGGAGGGUCUCAAGCGAAGAAGAAGGCAAGAUCGAACUUUCUCAGAAGUCGUCUGCUCCAAGCCCUUUAGCAGACGUUUCCCUGACAGCGUCUGCCCAAAGCCCUUUAACGUUUGCUCAGAGCCCAUUAGCGUCUGCCCAAAACUCCUCAGCAGACGUUAUGUCCGAAUCUUUGGUGGUUGAGCAUGAGACGAUGGAAUUCAUGGACAAUGCUGCAGCAGAAUCUCAGGGCAAUGCUGAUAGAGAUACUGACAUUGAAAUAAAGAAUGUAGUGGCAGAAAUCUUGGAAGAUAUCCUUGAUAAAAUUGCAGCGUUGGGUAGUCAGUCAUUUGAAGGAUUGGAAGGUGUAAUGUCUGUGAAGGAAGUUUAUGAUUUCUUUCAAGAGGAGCCUAUGUGGGCUAGUAGUCCAUUGCCAACGUUUGAAGAUUCCCAGGAUGCUGUUGUACAUAGUAGUGCCACCUUUGUGAGAAAUAGUGAAUCCGAACCUUGUACAAAAGUUGAUAUUGAGGAAAGUGUAAUGAAACAUCUUAUUUUGGAUAUUCUUAACGACUUGAUCAGCCUAGCGAUUGAUGCAAAAGAAAAAGCGGCAGGGGAUGCAACUGCAAUCAUCUUGGAUGAUACUGCCAAUAAGAGCCUGCAUCCGAUAUCAAUUCCAAGUGAAGAGGAAUCGGACUGCGUUGGCCCGGUGCCAAUUUUGAUCUCCACCUCAGAGUUGUCCAUGGAAACUGAGAAUUCUGAAGUUUGUGUUUGGGAAAAUAAGGAUGUUGAGAGGUAUGUGGAGUUAAUUACAGAAGAUGAGACGGCUGAAGCUGAGGAAGAAGUUGGAAAGCCUGUGGAUGAGGCAGAUGACGGUUCAGUUGCUGAGACCCAAGGCCUGGUUGAAGUCUGUUCAGCUUCAGAGGCAGCCAAGUUCCAAGUUGAAGCCAGUUCAAAUUCAAAGACAGAGGGCCAAGGUAGAGCUAAAUCUAAUUCAGAGUCUGUCAGGGGCCAAGUUGAAGUCAGUUCUCUAUCCAAGGCGGAGGGCCAGGGCGAAGUCAGUUCUGUUGAGAGAGCAGUUGAGGACCGAGAAGAAGUCAGUUCUGCUGAGGAAGAAGUUGAGAAACUUAUGGAAUCAAACCUAUCAGAAGAUAGGUCUUCUGGAAUUAAAGACAACAUUGGCAUUGCCAAAAUGGAAAUACUUGAGGGUGGUGAUGAAUUGAGAGUUUCAGUAGAAGUGUAUAAUGAACUGAUUAAGAAAAGUGCUGAAAAGAAGGCGGUUGAGAGGUUGGGCCCUGAUACUGGGAAAAUAGUCUCUAAAAACACUGAAACUACCGAAACAGAUAUGGGACAGUCUGAGACUCAGCCUUUUGAUGUAGGGGACAUAAGUGAGGUUGGUGAAAAGGUAGAAGGCACGGGUUCUGGUGAUAUGGUUGCCUUGGUUACUGCUGAGAAAAUUGCAGCAAUUAGUGCCUUGGGUGGAAGUGGGGACUCUACCAGAAAAGAUUCAGUCCAAGAAUGUGUGAAUUCGCUGAUAUCGACUGAGAGACCAAAUCUUUUAGAGGUUCAGGAUACCAAAGAUUCAACAUCGGAAUAUCCGCUUGAGACAGCACCAAUCACACCUGGUGAAAUUGUAGCUGCAGAAGCUAGUCUCUCUGCUACUCAGAUGUCUUGUUCUGGUCAGGCAGAAGCUCAAGUUUCCACUGGUCCCCAACUGGAUGAUUUGGUUCCUGAGCUGCAGGAUAAGGAUGAAACACUUGGGGCACCCCCUACUGAACAGAAAUUGAAUGACAUAAAGUCAAAUGAUGGUAUGAGUGAGACGGAUGAGGUUAAAAACAUCUCUGAUAAAGUGAAAGAAUCUGAACCCAUAGAUCAAGUGGAGCAAGAUUUGAGCUGUGCAGGAUCUCAUGAUGGGAAGACAGAUGCCCCUACAUGCAGUGAUCCGAAAGCUGCGGGGUCUUGCUCUCCAGAAUCAGCGAGUAUGAAUGCCAGUCCUCCAGAACGUAGGAAGAGUGGCUCAAAUGAAGAUGCGUCUGAAUACUUGAGCAAGUUGGAAGAUGUCGUCCAGCAGAUGUUGGAAAAUUGUCAAACCAACGAGGAGCAAAGCAAGGAGGAUGCCAAAAUGGAUGCUGAUUCAACCCAGGUCUUGGGGAAAGAUUCUGAUAAUGGAUCAGAUGCAUCUCUGGGAUUCCAAACUGAUCUUGAUGGGUUUGGUACCGACUUCGACAAAAUUGACAAAUGUCUGGAAGCGGCUCGGAAUUUGGCGUCUAGGACUGAAGAAGAAAUGGAGGCUGAAGAAACCCCUGAACUAAUGGUACCCAGCCCAGCAGACGUCAACGAAAUGGCACCGAGCCCAGCAGACUUAAAGGACACUGCAACAAGCCCUGCAGAUGGCAAAGCAAUUGCACCAAGCCCAGCAGAGGUCAAAAAGGAAUUGGAAGGCUCUGGAAAAGAUACAGGCACUGAAGAAAUGGAGAAGGACACAAAGAUUCUUCCGUCUGACACCAAAAUGGAUAAAACACAGGGUCCCUCUUCUGGCACCAAUGGGUGUGAUACUGAUGUUAAAAGAGAACUCGUGCAGGAUAUCAAAAUCAAAAAGGAGGCCAUCGAUGAUGGAGAGGAUGCCCUUGACUCUACACCGGCUGAGUCUAAAAUGGCUGCUGAUACUGCCGAGAAUCCUCCCACUGAAUCCAAAGAGGUUGAGAUGGAGACCAAUGAAGGCACACUUAAAGCUGAUGAGCCAAGCAUAUCGAAAAAAGAGACAGCUGCUUCUGAGAAGUUGGCACCAGAGGGAGAGAAAAAUGUAAACAAACCCCAUUCAGCAGACGCCUCCAUCGACGACAAAAAGGAAGUGAGCAAAACUGAUGAAUCAAGUGAAUCAAACAAAGAAUUGGCUGCUUCAGCGAAGCAGACGACAGAGAAACAGACAACGAAUGGGGCCACAGUUGUAAACAAACCUGAUUCAGCAGACGUUUCCAUUCAGUACAACAAGGAACUGAUUGACGAGUGCAUCAAGGGACUGCAUCGCUGCCUCUGGAGAUUCCCGAUGCAUUACAAGUCCAUCUACCAGCUGGCUCGCAUCUACACCAAGUCACCAUGGCAUAAGGACUUGAAAUAUGCCUCAGACUACCUGUUAGGGUCACCAGCCUGGCAGACCAUGCCACAUAUGUCAUCACCAGGAUUGUUCCAGGAGAGAAAGCAAACCAAUAUUUUCAAUAAUAUCUGGCGAAUGCCAAUCGAAGAGAUAGAUCGUUGUGGUAGUUUUGCCACACACAUGUACCGAUCCGUGGCGCUUCUGAUUGACGUGAUGAAAGACCUUGGGGAUGUGAAUGUGCUGCUCUUUGCUCAUAAUCAACUGGCAAAGACACCGGAAGGAACCAAAAAAUACAUGCGUGAUGCUGAAAGAAUUGCCUUGAGUAAGAAAGCAUUCAAGAGCAGUCAGUUUGUCAUCCGGAAGAGAUUGAAGGCCAGUUCACGUGAGACCAACCCUGAUGUGCUGCACAACCUUUUGGCGGACAUUCACAAAGUUUGGAAUGCUGGGAUUAAACUUGAGCAGGGAUCGGAGGAGUACAACUCACUUCUUGUGGACGGCUUCAAGCUUUGUAAGCCUGAUAUGAUUGAACCACAACCAUCAAUACUCGAGCAGGCCAUUGCCUACUGUAAUCAUCACUUGACCAUGAAGGUUCAGACUCCAAGCCAUAGUGACGCCAAGAGGUCAAGCAUCUCUGAAGGGCCUGCAUCCCCCAAGUGGAGGACCAUUACUGAAGAGGAUCAGGAGAAAAUCUCCAAGCUAUCUGAACAACAAGGUGGUAAAUCAAAGCUUGAGAAGAUGCCGAUUCUCACAAAAAUCAUGAAGGAGAGUAAACCAAAAUCGCCUGGCCAUGGACUUACAUUGUCUCUCCCAAAACACCCUCAGAUGAAGCAAGGGGGGAUGUCCAAGGGUAGUCCUUUGCUACUGAAGCCUGGCUUGUUGCAGGCAGCCCGUGAGCAAAGCAGCAGCCAACCACAGUCUCCCAUUAAGGAUCCGAGCAGUUCACCGAGAGUCGUGGAUGCGAUGAAACUCGUUAAACCUUGUUCUGUUCGUCUGGUAAAGUCACCAGAACUCCAUAGUUACCCUGUACCAAGCCCGCCACGGAUCACACCAAUCGACUUAUCAAUGAUGAGGACAAUCCCAGAAGAAACUGUAAAAUCUCCUACCAUCACCCAGAGAUAUUCAAAUCCUACACCAUUUAUUAAUGUUUCAAAAUCCUCCACUGCCAUCAAGCCGCACACCUCGAGCAUGAAAACUGUUCAUAAAAUGGACUCUGGUGUAAAAUCAGUUGUCAGACAUGCGCCUUACACAACUACAUAUCAGAGUAGUCAAGCUUUACAAAGAUUUGCACAGAAGGCUAGUAAGCCCGCUUUUGUACCCAAAACCUCCCUGGUGUCUUCAAUGAAAGCUUCGUUGAGCUCAUCUAUGAAACACUCAAAUAUUUCCAAGGUGAAACAAUCAUUUUCACCCAUGACAUUAACACCCAUAACAAGGCCUUCAUCCACCCAUACUGUGACUUCAAUGCUUUCGAGAACACCAACAUCUGCCCCAAAGGCCCAUGCAUCAACUCCUAGGGCACCAUCGUUCACUCAAAAGGCAACAGCCUUCACACCCAAGGCACCCUCUGGUUAUUCCUAUGUGCAGCUCGUUACCGAGUCUUCUAGAACCCCUUCCAACCAGCCCUACCCAGUUGGCCUGUUAGCAGCCCCAAGAGCACCCACUGCCCCAUCUAGGCUCCUGCCCCCAGCCAAUCCAAUGGUUAUUGAGAUAUCAGACGACAGUGAUUGAGUGCAUAAUAUGGCUUCCUAGUAUCAGAUGUGUUUACUGGGGGAGGCUCCACUGUACAUUAUAGUAGAAACUUGAUAAUCUGAAUCUUGUUAUAAUGUGAAACAGUUGAUUUCCGAUGAAGUCUUCUGACAAGUUCAAGUCUGUUAAACAUGCCAGUACCAAUGUAUUUUGCCAAUCAUGUUCAAAUUUAGUUUUGCUAAAUCGUUUGUAAUA